GACUGUGCUAUGAACAUGGGAUUUCGCGGGUGCCUCCUGCUCCCAGAUGGGCACCCCCUUGGCAGGAGCUCAGCUGCCUGUGCUGGAGCUGGGAACACAAGGAUCCCCAUCCUCCUGGCCUGGUUUUGGGCUUCCAUGACAGGAUUCUCCUUGGCAGACUCAGGCAUUUCAGAAGUGGCUCAGCUCCGACUGGUGAACGGCCGGAGUCGCUGCUCUGGCAGAGUCGAGGUGCUUCACAAGCAGCAGUGGGGAACCGUGUGUGAUGACAGCUGGGAUUUAACUGAGGCCAGAGUGGUGUGCAGGCAGCUGGGCUGUGGGACGGCGUUAUCAGCCCCACGUGAGUCUCGGUUUGGACAGGGAACUGACCGUAUCUGGCUGGAUGAGGUUAACUGCACAGGGACAGAAGCUGCCCUCUCCGAAUGCAGGGCUAGGCCUUGGGGAGAGCAUAACUGUAACCACGUGGAAGAUGCCAGUGUUGUGUGCUCAGACUCAGGCAUUUCAGAAGUGGCUCAGCUCCGACUGGUGAACGGCCGGAGUCGCUGCUCUGGCAGAGUCGAGGUGCUUCACAAGCAGCAGUGGGGAACCGUGUGUGAUGACAGCUGGGAUUUAACUGAGGCCAGAGUCGUGUGCAGGCAGCUGGGCUGUGGGACGGCGUUAUCAGCCCCAGGGGGGUCUCGGUUUGGACAGGGAACUGACCGUAUCUGGCUGGAUGAGGUUAACUGCACAGGGACAGAAGCUGCCCUCUCCGAAUGCAGGGCUAGGCCUUGGGGAGACAAUAACUGUAACCACGUGGAAGAUGCCAGUGUUGUGUGCUCAGACUCGAUCAUUCCAGACCCAGGUCCUCUCCAACUGGUGAACGGCCCCAAUCGCUGCGCUGGGAGAGUUGAGGUGCUUCACAACCAUCAGUGGGGAACUGUGUGUGAUGAUGGCUGGGACAUAACUGAUGCUGGAGUCGUGUGCAGGCAGCUGGGCUGUGGGACAGCCUUAUCAGCCCCAGGGCGGGCUCACUUUGAGAGAGGAUCUGACACCAUCUGGCUGGAUGAGGUUAACUGCACAGGGACAGAAGCUGCCCUCUCCGAAUGCAGGGCUAGUUCUUGGGGAAAGAGUAACUGUCACCACGGAGAAGAUGCCAGUGUUGUGUGCUCAGACUCAGCCCUUCCACACCUGGCUGAGGUGCGAUUGCUGGACAGCCCAAGUCGCUGCUCUGGGAGAGUUGAGGUGCUUCAUAACCAGCAGUGGGGAACCGUGUGUGAUGACAGCUGGGACAUAACCGAUGCCGGAAUCGUGUGCAGGCAGCUGGGCUGUGGGACGGCGUUAUCAGCCCCAGGGAGGGCUCAAUUUGGACAAGGAUCUGGGCCAAUUUUGCUGGCUGAGGUUAACUGCGCAGGGUCAGAAGCUGCCCUCUCUGAAUGCAGGGCUAAGCCUUGGGGAGACCAUAACUGUCACCACACAGAAGAUGCCAGUGUUGUGUGCUCAGACUCUGGUAUCUCAGAAGUGGCUCAGCUCCGACUGGUAAACGGCCCGAGUCGCUGCUCUGGGAGAGUCGAGGUGCUUCACAACCAGCAGUGGGGAACCGUGUGUGAUGACAGCUGGGAUUUAACUGAGGCCAGAGUCGUGUGCAGGCAGCUGGGCUGUGGGACGGCGUUAUCAGCCCCAGGAAGGGCUCAAUUUGGGCGAGGAUCUGACCGUAUAUGGCUGGACGAUGUUCAGUGCACAGGGACAGAAACUGGCCUUUCCGAAUGCAGAGCUCGGCCUUGGGGAGACAAUAAUUGUCACCACGGAGAAGAUGCUGGUGUUGUUUGCACAGACUCUGGCAUCUCAGACGUGACUCAGCUGCGAUUGGUGAAUGGUUCGAGUCGCUGCGCUGGGAGAGUCGAGGUGUUUCAUAACAAGAAGUGGGGAACCGUGUGUAAUGACAGCUGGGACCUACAGGAUGCUGGAGUCGUGUGCAGGCAGCUGGGCUGUGGGACAGCAUUAUCAGCCCCUGCCGGGGCUCACUUUGGGCAAGGAUCUGACCAUAUCUGGCUGGAUAAUGUCAACUGCACAGGGUCAGAAGCUGCCCUCUCCCAAUGCAGGACUAGCCCUUGGGGAGACAGUAACUGUACUCACGAAGAAGAUGCCAGUGUUGUGUGCUCAGACUCAGACAUUUCAGAGCAGACUUCUCUCCGACUGGUGAACGGCCCAAAUCACUGCACUGGGAGAGUCGAGGUGCUUCACAACCAGCAGUGGGGAACCGUGUGUGAUGAUGACUGGAACCUACAGGAUGCCAGAGUCGUGUGCAGGCAGCUGGGCUGUGGGACGGCGUUAUCAGCCCCAAUCAGUGCUCACUUUGGGCGAGGCUCUGACCCCAUCUGGCUGGAUGACGUUCACUGCACAGGGACAGAGGCUACCCUCACCGAAUGCAGGGCUCGGCCUUGGGGAGUCAAUAACUGUCACCACAGAGAAGAUGCUGGUGUUGUGUGCUCAGACUCAGACAUUUCAGAGCAGACUCAGCUCCGACUGGUGAACGGCCCGAGUCGCUGCGCUGGAAGAGUCGAGGUGCUUCACAACCAGCAGUGGGGAACCGUGUGUGAUGACAGCUGGGAUUUAACUGAGGCAAGAGUAGUGUGCAGGGAGCUGGGCUGUGGGACGGCGUUAUCAGCCCCAGGCAGGUCUCAAUUUGGGCGAGGCUCUGAUCCCAUCUGGCUGGAUGAUGUUCACUGCGCAGGGACAGAAGCUGCCCUCUCCCAAUGCAGGGCUCGGCCUUGGGGAAUCCAUAACUGUCACCACGGAGAAGAUGCCAGUGUUGUGUGCUCAGACUCAGCCAUUCCAGAGCAGGCUCCAAUCCGACUGGUUGAUGGUUCUAGUCUCUGCGCUGGGAGAGUCGAGGUGUUUCACAACCAGCAGUGGGGAACCAUCUGUGAUGACAACUGGGACAUAACAGAUGCCGGAGUUGUGUGCAGGCAGCUGGGCUGUGGGACGGCGUUAUCAGCCCCUGGAAGAGCUCAGUUUGGACGAGGAUAUGACCCUAUCUGGCUGGAUGACGUUCACUGCACAGGGACAGAAACUACCCUCUCCCAAUGCAGGGCUCGGCCUUGGGGAGACAAUAACUGUCACCAUGGAGAAGAUGCUGGUGUCAAGUGCUCAGGCUCAGGCAUUUCAGAAGUGGCUCCACUCCGAUUGGUGAACGGCUCGAGUCGCUGCGCUGGGAGAGUCGAGGUGCUUCAUAACCAGAAGUGGGGAACUGUGUGUGAUGACACCUGGGGCUUGUCCGAGGCUGAAGUCGUGUGCAGGCAGCUGGGCUGUGGGACAGCAUUAUCAGCGCCACAUGGGGCUCACUUUGGACAAGGAUCUGACCAUGUGUGGCUGGAUGAGGUUCAUUGCACAGGGGCAGAAGCUGCCCUCUCUGAAUGCAGGGCUAAGCCUUGGGGAGAGCAUGGCUGUAACCCCGGAGAAGAUGCCGGUGUUGUGUGCUCAGAUCAGGGCCAGCUGAGGCUGCGGCUGACAAGUGGCCCAAGCUCCUGCUCCGGGCGAGUGGAGGUGCUGAUUAACAACACCUGGGGUGCCGUGUGUGAUGCCGGCUGGGGCCUGCCGGAGGCGGGGGUUGUGUGCAAGCAGCUGGGCUGCGGCACGGCACUGUCAGCCCCGGGCGUUGCUCAGUUCGGUCACGGGGCCAGCGACAUCUGGCUGGAGGGCGUGAGCUGCUUGGGCCAGGAGUCUCUCAUCACUGAGUGCCAGCUGAGCCGGCUGGGUCCCGGACUGUGUGGCCGUGGCUCCGAGGCCAGCGUGGUGUGUGCUGGGCAGGCCGGCUCUGGGCUGCUCUGGUCCGUGCUCCUCAGCCUAGUUGCUGUCGCUGUGCUGAUCUGCGGGGCCCUGCUCUGCUGGAGGAUGCGUCAGGACAGAGCUGCUAGGAACCCCCUGGGCCAUGUGCAUCUGGAGGAGCUGGGGGCUCCAGGUACCCCACCCCAGCCCCAGGAAACGGCAAAUCCAGAAGCCCCUGAGGAGCCGGACAACGAGAUGACCUGGCUGGUGAGGGAAGAUGUGGUGCUGUGAGAGCCACAUGCCAGCCAGGCUGGGCUGGGCUCAGCCUGCAGUGAGAGACGAGCCAGUGGGAUCCUGCACAGAGCAGCCCCAGGGCUGCCAGCUGCCUGGGCUGUGGGGACACCGAUGGGGCUCCUCUGGGGGCUGGGAGUCUCCACUCCCCCUGUGGAGUCCCUGGCACCAUUGUCCCCCACAGCUAACUUGGAAGUUAGCUCCAACCCCUGCUCCACCCCACCUUCAGCUUUCCCUGGUGUAGCUCCCAGCAGCUCCCAUGCCCAUCCCUGAGCAGCCUGUGCCCAGUCAUGCAGACAGCAUGUGGUGCGCCAUGGAGAACCAUUGUCAGGUGCACAGGACAGCCGGUUCCUUCCCCACGCAAUGACCAUCCCAACAUUUAAAUGAGCUAUGGGGAGAGACUGACUAUGGGUGUCUGCCUGUGCCCGAUGUGCCAGACUCUGGUAAAGCCUGGUGUUCUUGUCUGUCUGUACCCAAUGCCUCCUGAGCUCGGGGCACCAGGCCCUGUCUGUCCGUGCAGCAGCCAGCCCGGGCCCCCAGUAAAUGAUCAUUACAGUUUCUAGUGUGUAGAUAAGGUGCAGAACUGAGUGCAGCUGCAUGAUGGUGCCUUGCUUAAUGGAAAGGAAUGGGUUGGGUUACAGAUACAGAGAGCUUCCCUCUAACCUUCCCAAAUUCACUCCCCGCUCUGUCCUGGCCCUCAGUUCUUCCCCGUCCCCUCCUUGUGCUGUAUAAAGACCCUGCGGUAAUAUUACACAGCUAGACAUAGAGACGGCAGUUGUAUCCAGACACGAGCCCCACUGCACAUUUCACAGGGGAUGAUGUUUGGGAACAACCACAUUAUUCCCCCUUCUCUUUGUGUUUAGUAGCAUACUGACAGCUGAAACCU